GACAGAGACGCCGUGCGCUGUAUGGGGCACUUGGCUUGGUGUCCCAAAAAAUGGGGAUCGUGGUUAGUCUCGUCUAUUGUGCGAUAUCAGCCUGCUGGCAUGCCAUGCAGGACAACCAUGUGCUUUAUGGUGCACAAAGUCAAUGAUACUUACAAUGAAGUUAUGUAUCUGCACGGGCCGUGCCUUGUGUGGCAUUCGUCUGACACUCGGACUCGGUCUGGGACGCCUAAGAGGUCGCCACAGGCCAAAACUUUGCUCCUGGCCUCCACACAAGCAAAGAUGCCCUUGGUCGCCUAUCGGAUAUGGCUGUUUUCCGGCUUCCGUGCUUGCAACAGUCGUUCGAUGGCAUAUGAUUGGGCCCUGAACAUACGCUGGUUGGUCAGGGUCCUGAGAUCGCAGCUAUACCAUUCGGGGCAAUCAUCCCGGAACGCGGAUAAGCAUCGGUUCCAACGUCGAGGAACGGUAUGGGGUACUCAGUCCGCGUUGUCUUUUUAUUUCUUCCUUACUUUUCAUACUUUUCAUCAUCUUCUAUUUCUUCCUCCUCCUCCUUCCUUCAAGCAGUUCUCGUGGGUUUAGAUCUUUGUUGUUUUUCCUUUUUACACCGGUGGUCGUCUCUUCCGGGUAUAUCUUAUCAAUACCUAAUAAUAUAAACCCUUAUCAACUUUUAAUCCUGAUUCUUGUACCUCACUGCAUGUUUAUCUCCCUUUGACCAAAGUGCUAGACAUUCGUUUGAGGCAUAGGGGAAAAAAUCAGCAUCAAUACAUACCCAUUACCCAAUCACGCCCAUGAUACACACCGAUUAAGAUAGUCGCCCAUACUUCGCCAGCAUAGGAGGUGCUAUCGUCCAUAGAGAUCAGCAGCAUGGCUCCGACAGAGGAAGCCAAUGUUACUAAACCCACAGGGGAGCUCAGACCGGACGAGAAAUUGAAUUAUGAAGAAGAUGUUAAAUGCAGCGGGUCGAGCUCGACGACAGUUGGAAAGACUGCUUAUGAUACCGAUGAUAUCAGUCAAUCACAGGCCGCUGAGCUGCAGGACCUAGCCCGCCAACUCUCCAGAGCCUCUCGUCAGGGUGGUCUAGAUGUUGAGAAUGAACCUCAGCAGGUUAUCAAUCCGUUCCUGGACUCGGAGUCGGAUCCUGAGCUGAACCCGGAUAGCAAGAGUUUCAAUGUAGCCAAGUGGCUCAAGACUAUCCUCCAGAUUACAUCAAGGGACCCGGAGAGGUUUCCCAAGCGCACUGCGGGUGUGUCGUUCCGGAAUAUGAACGUUCAUGGCUAUGGAACUGCAGCCGAUUAUCAGAGUGAUGUUGGGAAUCUUCCUCUUAAGGCAUGGAGCGGUAUCAUGAGUAUGCUUGGGCUACGGAAGAAGGUCCGUAUAGAUAUUCUGAGAGACUUUGAAGGUCUUGUCAAGAGUGGCGAGAUGCUCGUUGUCUUAGGACGUCCUGGAAGGUAUGCAUAUUCUAUUUCUAUUCGUUUGUUGGCACUGCUUAACAUUCAUAUAGUGGUUGUUCGACUCUUCUUCGGACUCUAUCUGGUGAGACUCAUGGUCUCUACCUUGACGAAGGCAACGAUAUCCAGUAUCAGGGUAUCUCCUGGGAGCAGAUGCACAAGAACUUCAGGGGAGAAGUCAUCUACCAGGCUGAAACUGAAACUCAUUUCCCCCAGAUGACCGUGGGAGAUACCCUUUACUUUGCUGCUCGCGCCAGAGCUCCAGCAAACAGACUGCCAGGCGUCUCCCGAGAGCAAUAUGCUAUUCAUAUGCGCAGCAUGGUCAUGUCAAUGCUUAGCCUGUCGCAUACCAUCAAUACCCAGGUCGGCAACGAGUAUAUCCGUGGUGUAUCUGGAGGUGAGAGGAAGCGAAUCAGUAUUGCAGAGACAACCCUUAGCGGAAGUCCUCUACAGUGCUGGGACAACAGCACCAGAGGCCUUGACAGUGCCAAUGCCCUUGAAUUUGUCAAAUCGCUCCGCCUGUCUACUAAAUACUCUGGAACCACUGCCAUCGUUGCCAUCUACCAGGCUGGUCAAGCAAUCUACGACGUGAGUUCUGCUCGUUUUCUUUUGAGGAAUGCUAGUAGCAGCUAACACCUUCUAUAGAUCUUUGACAAAGCGGUUGUUCUAUACGAGGGACAUCAGAUCUACUUUGGAAACGCUGUCCGAGCAAAAGAAUACUUCAUCGAGAUGGGCUUUGACUGUCCUAGCCGACAGACUACUGCUGAUUUCUUAACUUCGGUCACCAGUCCGUCAGAACGAAGAGUCAGGCCUGGCUACGAGUCUCGUGUACCCCAGACACCGGCCGAAUUUGCUCAGCGAUGGAAAGAAAGUGAAGACAGACGAAUUCUCAUGCAGGAGAUUGAUGAAUACAAUAAGACCUACCCGCUACAUGGUGAACAGCUGCAGAAAUUCCAAGCCUCUCGGUUAGCUGAAAAGUCCAGGUCAACCAGCAAGUCCUCGCCGUAUACCCUCUCUUACCCCAUGGAGAUCAAACUUUGCAUGUGGCGUGGAUUUCAGAGACUGAAGGGAGACAUGUCCAUGACUCUGACCUCCAUCAUUGGAAACAUCGCCAUGUCCCUGAUCAUUGCCAGUGUUUUCUAUAACCAGCAAGAAACCACUGACAGCUUCUUCUCCCGUGGCUCUCUCCUUUUCUUUGCCAUUCUCAUGAACGCCUUUGCUAGUUCCCUGGAAAUUUUGACUCUCUGGCAUCAACGGCCCAUUGUGGAAAAACAUGAUAAAUACGCUUUAUAUCAUCCAUCCUCCGAAGCCAUCAGUUCUAUUCUCGUCGAUAUGCCUGCAAAAUUAGCCGUGGCCAUCGUGUUCAAUCUGAUCAUAUAUUUUAUGACCAACCUAAGGAGAACGCCCGGUCACUUCUUUAUCUUCUUCCUCUUCUCCUUCACCACGACCCUGACUAUGUCUAACGUUUUCCGUUCCAUUGCUGCCGUGUCUCGUACCUUAUCCCAAGCUUUGGUUCCUACCUCAAUCUUUAUGCUUGCCUUGGUUAUCUACACUGGUUUUACCAUUCCAGUUCGUGAUAUGCGACCCUGGUUCAAGUGGAUCAGUUACAUAAACCCCAUCCAGUACGCGUUUGAAUCUCUCAUGAUCAACGAGUUUCAUGACCGAGAGUUUAAAUGUGCUGUCUAUAUACCCAGUGGUCCCGGAUACUCCAAUGUAUCAGGAACAUCCAAAAUCUGCGCAGCCAAGGGAGCAAUGGCUGGAAAGCCAACCGUCAGCGGUGAUGUCUUCCUCCGGGAAACGUAUUCAUACUACGCUUCUCACAUGUGGAGGAAUUACGGUAUCAUAGUUGCUUUCUUCCUCUUCUUCCUUUUCGUCUACAUCACUGCCACCGAACUCGUCUCUGCUAAGCCCUCAAAGGGAGAGAUUCUUGUCUUUCCCAAGGGCAAAGUUCCAGCAUUUUUAAAGCAGUCUAAGAAAAAGCAAGACCCCGAAGCUGCAUCCACACAAGAAAAGCAGCCAGUAGAAACUUCUGGCCAUGAUCAAACUGCUGCCAUUGUGAAGCAAACAUCUGUAUUCCAUUGGGAGAGUGUGUGCUACGAUAUCAAGAUCAAAAAGGAGAGCAGACGUAUCCUGGACAAUGUCGAUGGAUGGGUCAAGCCUGGUACUCUUACUGCCUUGAUGGGGGUGUCUGGAGCCGGAAAAACGACUCUCUUGGACGUCCUUGCAAACCGAGUUACUAUGGGUGUUGUCACUGGUGAAAUGCUCGUUGACGGUCGUCUCCGUGAUGAUUCUUUCCAGCGUAAGACCGGAUAUGUUCAGCAACAAGACCUUCACUUGGAAAUCAGCACUGUUAGAGAAGCAUUAACAUUCAGUGCCUUGCUCCGUCAACCCAACACUACCCCAUAUGAGGAGAAGGUUGCCUACGUCGAGGAAGUUAUCAAGAUGUUGGGAAUGGAAGAAUACGCCAAUGCCGUCGUCGGUGUCCUAGGCGAGGGUCUUAACGUUGAACAGCGCAAGCGCCUCACAAUCGGUGUUGAAAUUGCGGCUAAGCCCGACCUGUUGCUCUUCUUCGAUGAACCUACCUCCGGACUUGACAGUCAAACAGCCUGGUCAAUCUGUACCCUGAUGAGAAAGCUUGCUGACCACGGACAAGCCGUCUUGUGUACUAUUCAUCAGCCCUCUGCCAUGUUGAUGCAAGAGUUUGAUCGACUCCUGUUUCUGGCUUCUGGCGGACGAACCGUUUACUUUGGUGAACUAGGAAAACAUAUGUCUACUCUCAUCGAAUACUUCGAGAGUAAGGGGGCCCCCAAAUGCCCUCCAGACGCAAACCCUGCCGAAUGGAUGUUAGAAGUCAUUGGUGCCGCUCCUGGCUCAAAGACCGACAUAGAUUGGCCGGCCGUUUGGAGGGACAGUGCAGAGCGUGUCGAAGUUCGUCGUCAUCUUGCAGAACUAAAGUCAGAGCUCUCCCAGAAGCCCCAGACUCCUCGGUUGACCGGAUACGGUGAAUUUGCUAUGCCCUUGUGGAAGCAAUAUCUCAUUGUCCAGCACCGUAUGUUCCAGCAGUACUGGCGUAGUCCUGACUACAUCUACUCUAAAGCCUGUCUUGCCAUUGUUCCGACCCUAUUCAUUGGUUUUACCUUCUACAAGGAACAAGUCAGUUUGCAAGGUAUCCAGAACCAAAUGUUCGCCAUUUUCAUGUUCAUGAUUCUUUUCCCCAAUCUUGUACAGCAAAUGAUGCCAUACUUUGUCAUCCAACGAUCUCUUUACGAAGUCCGCGAACGACCCUCAAAAACAUACUCCUGGAUAGCAUUUAUGAUAUCAUCAGUCGUUGUGGAAAUACCCUGGAAUGCCCUCCUGACUGUCCCCGCCUUCUUCUGCUGGUAUUACCCAAUUGGCUUCUAUAAGAACGCAAUCCCAACUGACGCCGUGACUGAACGGAGUGGCACCAUGUUCUUGCUUAUCCUGAUCUUCCUCAUGUUCAGUUCAACAUUCAGCUCCAUGGUUAUUGCCGGUAUCGAGCAAGCGGAAACAGGUGGAAACAUCGCCCAGCUUUGUUUCUCCCUCACCCUCGUCUUCUGCGGUGUCCUCGUUAGUCCAACCGCCAUGCCCGGAUUCUGGAUCUUCAUGUACCGCUUAUCUCCAUUCACAUACUUCGUUUCAGCCGUAUUAUCUACUGGAGUCGGAAGAACAGAUAUUGUGUGCGCUGCCAACGAGAUUCUUCGUCUUACCCCGGCUGCAGGACAAACGUGCAUGGAAUACCUGGGUCCUUAUACUAAAUUUGCUGGAGGCCGGAUUCUCACCCCUGAUGCUACCGACAUGUGCGAAUUCUGCGCUGUUGCCGACACGGACACCUUCCUGAAGGGGGUUAACAUCAUCUUUGAUGAACGCUGGAGAAACAUCGGCAUAUUGUUUGGAUAUAUUGCUUUCAACAUGGUCGGUGCCAUCGGCUUGUAUUGGCUUCUCCGUGUCCCCAAGAGGAAAUCUGGCGUAAAGCAAGGGCAGCAGCCACAAAAGCAAGCAAACGAGACAAAGGCAUAAUUCUAUUUCAAUUGGAAUACUCGAUGCUAUUCCAUGGCCCACGAGCCAUUGCACAUAUAUUACACUCCCACCUUUGAUACAUGCGCACCGCACUUCCCUCCAAAAUCUACGACGAUCUUACUUUUCCAUGUCUUGCAAAUAGACUAGACUUUCAUGCCAAAACUUUUUUUCACCUCUUGCUUUUAAUCCUACUAGAUCUACAUAAUUUUAAUAUGUCCCUCAGUGUCACUCUGGGACUUUGCUGUAUAUCAUACUUUGUUCAUGUCUCAGUCAUGUUGCUUUCUCAAUUGGAUACUCCAUUUCCUCAAUUUUUAUUCUCCAGUUUCAAAAUUAUGAAUGCAACCCGAGGGAAUAUCAAAUGGAAUCUUAGACGCCUCCGCCACAAGCAUACCCUAGUAUCCGUUGUCCCUAAUUCAUUGCUUCCGGUGGUCCAGCUACCAUGUCACUGGUAAUCUCGCGCGUUCAACACAUGGGUGGCUUUCACAUUGUCCAUGAACGAAAAUAUGCUAUCGAGGAGUUUACAGAUCACAAAUUGUACUUAUGUAGGGCUGUCGUAUGGGAUAUGAUUUGUGAGUUAGAUCUUCAAAACAUCUUGCUUGGAUUCUUAUCAGUCAGAUAGAAUUAUCCCUCUAAUAUAUUCAGCCCCACCCUGUAUGGUCCAUCGCCCACGAAUUCGGUGUUCCUGUGGUGUCGUAGACAAGUUGGAACUUGAGUGGCUGUUUUCGCCCUGGUUGCACCGGGUAUCAUGUCCAUGUCCAGAGAAGAAUGUAGCUGCAACGCUGUGUACUCGUCUCUAGCAAGCGAAUGUUGAGCCCCCUUGUGUCCAACGUCGUGUUUGAUAUGCUGGAACCAGUGCUAUUAUUAGAAUCGUGUAACUAUUUCUCGUUUGCAUGAUGUAGCUAAAUAUAAGAGACAUAACGAAGACAUCAUGUCCAGAGAAUCUCAUCUGCUUGGCUUACUACCCCAGUGUUUUCUGUUAAUAGGGCCAAAUAGUCUUAUUGGGUGGGGAACAGCCUGUCCCGUCUUCAUGUGGGUGUCAGUAUCAAGAAUGAGAUUGUCGUUUAUUUUGCAAGAGAGCACCGACAGCAUGAUUCGCAGAUAUAACCAGUUUAAGCAUCUGUCUAACUAUGCGAUCGGACGAAAGGUUAACUAGUUAGUUUGUUGACAGCUGGAAUGUUAAGAGCCAUCUGCAAAGCACGCAUGAAUUGCUCUGUUUGGAGUCGGUCUGUAGCGUGUUAUUAGUCUGAAAAUGAAGGUUAGUUUCUAAGAAUAGGAAGUCAAAAAUAGAAACUGGACCCAAAAUAACACUUGACUUAACCAGUAACUCCAGAAUUAUUGCUUAGCUCCACACCUGUCAGUGGUUAACGAACUCAAGGUGGACAACGGAGAGCAGACAGCGUCUCCCUUACAUCCUCAGAGUACGUAUGCUGCCCGCCGUCAACGGUAAGCACCACCUUGUGUUAUCCAUGAAUGUGAGCCUCCCACACACCCCGUAUAUUCCAUGUAUAAACUUUCGAGCUGUGAUGACAUCUUGUAGACAAGGAGUGAAAUUUUAGAGCGAAAAUAUUUGGUUCAGAACAAAACUCCAAAAUUAACACCCAUAUUUAUUAAUAAUUGUGCAUAUUUUCUGAUGAGUCACGCACGGGAGAGAAGGCAUCUUGCAUGUGUAACAAGAUGAAUCGUCGUGAUUCGAUCGGUUACCGUGGCUGUGGUCAAUAGCCUAUUUUGCCUUGCUCAGGUUUGGUUUAUUUUUAACUGCCUUGCCGCCUUGAGACAAAGACCGCAUAGCCAGCGAAUUCUCAAAGUUUUAAGGCACCCAGUGUGUAGCGAAUAG